CCAGCUUAGGCUACUUUUGUGCGUUUGGUUGAAAUUGUGCAAUUUUAUCGUAAGAUCUGGUUAACACAACGUCGGACAAGCAGUUUUGAAAUACCCGGCACAAAUAUAUUUUUUUCUUCAUAAGGAAAUCCCCUUUAUUAAGUAUCCGCUCAUAUUUUACUUUCGGUUUCAAUUCACGGUCUGGUUUCUACUCAUCGGGGGAUCAUGACUUUAUUAUUUGAAGGAAUUCUUACAGAUAUAGAAAAAUAUCUUACCUGUUCUAUAUGCUUUGAGAUUUUCACUGAUCCAGGGACUUUAAGUUGUGGGCACAGUUAUUGUAUGAAAUGUUUAGAUGACUAUUUUUCAAAAAUUGCAAAGAAGAAAAGGUGCUGUCCUGAAUGCAGAGAGACAAUUCGAGAACCCCUAAAGCGCUCUAAAAGCGUAAUACUCUGCAACAUCGUUAAAGUAUAUAAGAAACAUAAAGAUUUCUCAGAAGGACAUGAUACCGAAGUGGCAAAGCAAUUUGAUAUUGAUUACAUGAGCGCAGAGGUGUCUAAUAUCAGGUGUCCGGAUGUUCCAGGCCCCCUUGAUAGUACAGUUCAAGAGUUGUCAGUUUCUCCUCUCUCAAAUGACAGACCUAGGUCCAAAGAAUUCUCCCGUCCAGCCCACUCCCUGCCUACGUUCAGCUUCUGUCUGCUGACCUUCAACCAAGCACUGGGCAACAAACGCCUUGAGUUUCUCCUUAAGGACCGCAAGGUGGUGACCAAGAAGGCAUCCUCAGCCAGCCACCAUGACCGCUUUGACAUCUGUCAGUGGAUGGCAGAGGAGGAAAUCAGCACAGGCUGUCAUUACUGGGACGUGGACACAUCAGGAAGUGUUGGCUGGGCCGUAGGAGUGGCCUACCCCAGCAUCGGUCACAGAGAUCAGCUAGGUCGCACCGCCAACUCCUGGUGCCUGGAGUGGAGCCAGGAUAAGCUUUGCUACUGGCAUAACAACGUAAAGGAGUUUAUGAAACAUGACUGUCCCAGUAUGGUCAGAGUUGCUCUGGAUAUGACCAAUGGGACCCUAUCAUUUUAUAGCCUCACUGAGAGUCAGAAUCUGCUGCAUUCUGUGAUGGAGAGGUUCUCUGAGGCAGUUAGACCGGUGUUCUGGCUGUUUGGACUAAAGCAACCUAACGCUUUGUUCUUUCCUCCAUUGCCAACGUGAGGUUGCUGAUCCAAAAUUGUUAUUUUGUAAUGUGUUAUCACUUUUCAACCCCUUGUUUAGGACCUGCUCCACUGCUUCAUACUGAACCUCCCAGCUACAGUUGCACCUAAUUUUCAUUGACUUCCACAAUCAGUCUUUGCAAAUCAAAAGAAAACAAGUGUAGGUCAACUACCUGCCCACUGGACCCAAUUCCAACAGCACUCAUAAAAUCCAUCUUAACACUUCUUAGUCCAUCAAACCUAAACCCAAAAAGACCAUGAAACCUGACUCAAUUGCAGUAACCCAGACCCCAACACCCUGAUGCUUCCCUGAUCCAGAAUGCAGCUACAAGGCUAUUCUCACAAACCUUUCAAUAAAAAACAUCACCCCUCUAACUGGGCUAAGGGCUAUAUUUUGCUAAGUGGGAUUUUAUUCAGCUUGCCCGUAUUAUAUAUCAAACAACCCUGUGCGUCUUGAGUUACAGCAGGGUCUUUGCCUAAUUGCUUGAAUAUUUUGUUGGAGCAGACCUUGAGCUCUUGAUCCACACCACUUUCUGAUGAGGACAACAUAACAUAAUGACUGUUAAUUAAGGAGAUAUAAAAUACAUACUAAAGAACUUCUAUAAUCAUAUAUUUAGGAUAUUUUGCAUAGCUAACGUACCCCGAUUAUCGGCCACCCCCUAUUAUCGGCUAUUUCUAGCAGUUGGAGAACAAAACUCUUUAAUUCAAAAUUGAAAUGCACUGAAAAACAAUGCUACAUUGUGCUACUAAGUAUACCCUUUCAGCUAGCUCCCACCAUUUUUUAUAGAGAUGUAUGGAGGUUAAAACGUUUUUUUUU